AUGACACGAUUAAUUGUGAAAAAUCUUCCUACUAAUUCUACCGAGAAAAGUGUCAGAGAGUAUUUCAAGAAAUAUGGAAACAUAACUGAUUGUUCACUCAAAUAUACAAAAGAGGGAAAAUUCAGAAAAUUUGCUUUUCUCGGUUUUGAAACGGAUUCUAUCGCUAAUAAAGUGUUAAGUUCAUGUGAUGGAGUUUUUAUGGGUUCUUAUAAACUACAGGUAGAUAAAUGUCAUCCCUUCGGCUCAACAGACAAACCUAGAGCUUGGAGUAUAUAUGCAAAAGACAGCAGUGCUUUUAAAAGAAAACAUGGUGAACAACCGACAGAAACUACCGAAGGCCCUAGUUCCAAAAAACAGAAGGACGAAGAAGCAGAGAAUCCAGAAUUGGAAAAGUUUUUAGAGGCUACAGGAGUGUCGAAAAAAAAGGAACCAGAGUUAGCAAUCGUACCACCAAGCCAGGAAGAACAGGAAUUGUUGGAUGAGCUUUUACAGUCGAUUGAAGGAGAUACUUCACUCUCUUUAAUAUUCCGUGGUCUGCCAGCAUCGAUAAAAGCAAAAUCCAUAAAAGAAUGGGUGACCCCUGUUAGAGUUAAAGCAUUGAAGGUUCAAAAUGGAAAAACAGCUUCUGUAGCGUUUGUAACGUUCAAUCGUCCCCCGGAUGUUAGAAGAGCUAUGCUGAGGAAUAAUGAUUUCUUGGGAGGUUACCGGGUUACAAUCACUGAAGUCGCUAAAGAAGAAGAAGUUGAAGAAGAAAUUGCAGAUCCACGUGGGAAUGAUGUACCUGAUGUCGACAGAGAGACGGAGGAGGCUCGUAUAAGAGAAGAAAUUCUCGAUACAGGUAGAUUAUUUUUAAGAAACUUGCCUUUUGCAACAGGUGAGGAUGAUAUCCGAGAACUGUUCAAACCAUACGGAGAGAUUUCUGAUGUUCAGGUUAUUAUUGAUAAGAAAACUGGAAACUGCAAAGGGUUUGGAAUAGUAGAAUUCAUGUUCCCCGAAAAUGCAGUAGCAGCUUAUGCUGAAAAUGAUGGCCAAAUUUUCAAAGGUCGUAUGCUUCAUAUCCUUCCUGGAACGGAGAAACGAGAAGCACCCAAAGAUAAAGAAGUGGAACAAGCCGGAUCUAAUUUUAAAAAAGAAAAAGCAGCAAAGUUGAAAGCCAAUGCUGGAAAGGCCCACUCUUGGAAUGCUCUAUUCCUUGGACCUAAUGCUAUUGCUGAUACUUUGGCUGAAAAACUUGGUGUGGAUAAAUCUGAUUUGCUUCUUGGCGAGAGUGGUGAAAGUGCUGGUGUUCGCUUAGCUUUGGCGGAAACACGGUUAGUGAGAGAAGUUCGGGAUUAUCUGCUGGCAAAUGGGGUGAAGUUAGAUGCGUUCUCUCGUCCCUCUACCAAGAGAAGCAAGACUAUAAUUCUGGCAAAAAAUUUGCCUGCUGGAGUUACGGAAGACGAGAUACAGCGGCUCUUCAUCCGGCACGGUGAAGUAAAUAAAGUCUUACUUCCUCCCGAAGGGGGUAUAACUGCCUUGAUUGUUAUGGGAAAUGAAGUUGAUGCCAAGAAAGCUUUCAAUAGUUUAGCCUACUCUAGAUUCCGUACACAACCGCUAUAUUUAGAAUGGGCUCCAGUUGACGCGUUCGGUGGAGAAGCUAAAAAAGCAUCUGAAGAAGACACUGAAGAGAAAGUUGAAGAGGAAUCGGAAGAACCCAAGAAAAACAAGCGUGACAUGACAUACGAGGAGAAAAAAGAACUCAAACAGAAAAAGAAGAAGAAGAAGGGAGAAGCAGCCAUCGUCAAAGAUGAGACAUCAGAGGAUCCAGAAAUGAAAGAGGCUAAAAAGGAAGAAACAGAAGAGGAAGAAACCCAGAAUGAGGCGGUCGAAGAAAAAUCAGAGGAACAGGAGACCGAGGGAAUCGAUGCUGGAUGCGCAGUUUUUGUGAAGAAUUUAUCUUUUGAUACGACGGAUGAGAGUCUCCACAAAUUCUUCAGCAAGAAAUUCCGUAUAAAAUCGGCUAAAGUCAGUAGAAAGCUGAAUCCUGGUGAUCCAAGCAAGAACUUAUCAAUGGGAUUCGGAUUCGUUCAUUUCUAUACUCCUGAAGCUGCGGAAGAAUGUAUAAAAAAUCUACAGGGAGAGUUGCUCGAGGGACACAGUUUGGAGCUCAAACUGUCUCAUCGUACAGAAGUAGACAAAGAUUCAUUGAAACGUAAAUCUAUCAAUGCUGCCAAGCAAGGGCAAUGCACUAAACUACUGGUCAGAAAUAUCCCAUUCCAAGCUAAGAUCAAAGAAGUGGAAAACUUGUUUGCCACUUUCGGAGAAAUCAAGGACAUCAGAAUUCCACGCAAGGUUGGAAACAGAGAACAACAUCGUGGUUUCGGUUUUGUGGAUUUCUUAUCUGUCGGUGAAGCUAAGAGAGCUUUUGAAGCAUUGGUCCAUUCAACUCACUUGUACGGAAGACGUCUAGUAUUAGAAUGGGCGAAAUCCGAUGACACCGUAGAAGAAUUGAGAGAAAAGACAGCUGAGAAAUUCAGAGGGGAUAAGGCAGCUACGAAGAAGCAGAAACAACGACUUCUAGCUAUUGAGAAGGAUCUGGAACGUAUUGAAGAUGAGAAUGCCGAUCCGUAA